AUGCCCGUGGCGGGGGCCACGCGGAGGGGCAAGGGCGGGGGCGCGAGCCGUGCGAGGCAAGCGGUGCAGGCUCCGCACGCUGCGCAAGGGGUGGACCUCGGGCGCGCGACGCUCCGGUCUGACGCGACUGACUGCAGCGAGGACGCCGGGUGGCUUCGCGUUCCAGGGACCCCGAACGUCCUGUUUGGGCCCGAGUGUUCGAGUCCGAGCCAUGGCUCCGGUCACCCGGCGCCCCUCGAGGCCGAGUGCGCGGCGUGUCCGGCGGAGGACCGCGACGAUUUCCGGCAGGACCGGCCAAGCAGCGCGGUGGGCCUCGGCGGGGACCAGGGGCAGCCAACAAGCGACCCCGCCCUCCCUGCGCUCGACACCUGCGACCACCCAGCCGGCGAGGCCACCGCCGGGGGCGGCCCCGGAGGCGUCUCGGGCCCGCCGGCCACCAAGCAGCCGCUCCCGAAGCCCGCGCCGGCGCCUUCGCCCGCCAAACGCUCCGCGCCCAACCCCCCGCAGCGCUCCACCGCGCACACCACGGCGUGGCGCCUGAGGCGCCAGGUCGCAGAGGUCUUCGCCGCGUACGAGGCGUGCGAGGCGCAGGUCGCGGGCCUCCUGGACGACUACAACGCCCGCCUGUCCCAAGCGCAGUCCUGCGCGGUCCUCCUUCCGCUCGACGACGCGGAGAAGGCCAAGCUCGAGGCGUCGCACGAGCGCAGAAUGGCCGACAUCACCGCGAAGCAGGGCCUCUCCGUCGUCCGCUCCCUCAUGGCGCACAAGUGGGCCUGGCCGUUCAACCAGCCCGUGGAUCUCGAGCGCUUCCCGUCGUACAGCAUCACGAUCAAGAGCCCGAUGGACCUCGGGACGAUCAAGGGCAGGUUCGAGAAGGACGGCGGCGGGUACAAGCACCCGGACGAGCUCCACGCGGACGUCCAGCUAGUGUUUCGCAACGCCAAGAUCUUCAACCCUCCGGGGACGGACGUGCACAUCAUGGCGUGCACGCUCGAGGAGCGCUUCUCGGAGAAGUGGAAGGAGCACGUCCUCCCGCGCGUCGACGAGGCGCACACGCAGCGCCUCCAGGACGAGGCGCUCUGGAUGCACCGAAAGGCCGAGGCGCAGCGCCGGGCGCUGCUCGCCGGCGCGCAGCACGCGGUCACCGCGGCGAUCGCGAACCUCGAGGAGCUCGAGCGGCUCGCGGGCGACGCGCGGAUGGCCUCGGCGCGCGCUGCGGCCGCGGCGCGGCGCGGCGCGGGCUCGGCCCCUGCCGACGCCGCCGCCGGGCCAGGGCGGGGCGUCCGCGCGCGCGCUGAUCGAGCUGCUCUCGAUGCCCGCGGACGCGCAGGCGGCGCCGCCGGCGCCCUCGCCGCAGAAGGGCCGCUCCGGCGGCGGGCGCGGGCAGAAGGGGGGGGGUGUUGCGGCGCCGCCAGCGCCGUCGAAUCUGGAGAAGGCAGUGGUGGCGGUGGCGGCGCAGGAGAUCGGGAAGGUGUCGGCGGCUUCGGAGGGGCCGCCGCAGGCGGACGCGCGGCCGACGUGGCCGCCGGCGCUGCGGCGGGCGUGGCGGCGGGCCGCGGCGCUGGCGCUGCACGGCGUGUCGACGGCCGCGUGCGGGCUGCGGAUGCCGCGGGCGCAGAAGCACGUGGCGACGCCGGCGCCGAUGCCGGAGCUGCGGAAGGAGCUCACGGACAUGCUCGGCCCGCAGGUGCUGGCGAUCCUGCAGGGGAGGCCGCCACCGCCGAUGCCGACGGCGGGGGACGCGGGGGGGGAGUCGGAGCGGCCGAGCGCGUCGAUGGCGGACACGUCGGACGGCGGGCCCGACAGCGGCGCGCGGAAGCGCUCCGAGCCCCCGGACGCGGACGACGACGGCGCCGCGAGCCCCCGGAAGGUCCCCAAGCAUGGCUGACGUCAGGGGGGGGGGGUUUUCGGGCGCCGCGGCCGGGGCGUGCGCUGGCGGGAGGCGGGCGCAGGAGGUCGGCGUGCGGUCGAGGGAAGAAGGGUGCAUGA